GCGUAAAAUUUUGUUACAGACAAAAAUCUAAAAUUUUAAUAUAAAGUUGAGAGCUUAUUCUUAUUUUAUAGUAAAGAUUAUAAUUAAUUAUUUAUUAACGUAUACUCAUAAUUACAGAUGAAAUAAAAAUAAACUUUCUACAACACAAUUGUUAUAGAAAAGUCAGCCUCGGUGGACUGUUACCGCUCACCCUCUUCAUACAAAUUCGACCAUUUAUAAAAACCUUCCAAGUAAACUUCACGUUCGAGUAUGUUUUCCUAAAUUAGACAUUUUAAUCACUUCAAUAACUCAAUAAUAAACAUUAUGGCUUAAAAAUAAGUCACUUUUAGCGUAUAGUAUAAUGUUAUUAAAAGCAACAUCUAUUUGGUGGACGACAUUUAUUUUUACAAAAUAUUUGUGAUAACAAUAAAAUGUUGUGAACGGAACGUUAUUCUCGAACGCGUCCAAUAGUCAGCUGAUCGAGCGCAGCGCCAUUUUGUCGCCGGCCGAACAAGAUCGAAGUUAUUGCUCCUCGUUAAAAAUCGCAAAUUGUUUCAAAGUUGAGUGUGUCUUUUCGGUUCCUUGUGGAUUUUGGCAAUGGUUAGAACUAGAAAUAAAUUGAGUGAAGAAGAAAAGAAAAAGAAACGACGCGAGCAAAAGAAGUUAAGUAUGAGGAGAGCAAGAGAAAAAAUGAAGAAAGACCCAGUAGCGUUAGAAGAAAAGCGGAAGAAAGAUAGAGAGUACUACUAUAGGAAAAAAUCGCAAGGGGAAAUUAAGACAAUAAAUGAUUUAUCAGAGAGACAGCAGAGACAAUUAAGAAACAAAUGGAGAAAGGAUGCAAAAUUACGUAGAGACAGACUGAAGUUACAAAGAGAAACGGCACGAUUCACAGAUGAAACCCCUCCAACAAGUUCAGCUAAUUCAUUGACAUCAAAAUCAACUUCCCGGGCUGCAGCAGGCCGGGCUGUAGCUGCGAAAAAUAAACGUCGACUUAAAUUAGAAAAUCUCAUGCUAAAAUCUAAACUGAAGAUUGUAGAAAACAAGCUGUCUAAGUACAAAAUGCGCUUAAGUAGAUUACAGAACAAGAAGAAAAACAAAGAAAGAAAAAAUAAAACGAAGGUAGUGAAAGAAGAUUUGAGUGACGCAGUUCAAAGAUUUUUACUGAGUGACGAAUCAAGUCGUACCACAGCUGGAAAAAAAGAAACUAUUACCAGAUUUAAACAGAAGAAACAGAUCCGGUUCCUCAAUGAUUCUCUUCUCAAUCUGCACAAAAAAUUUGUGACUCAGAUGAAUUUACAUACGUCGUAUAAAACUUUUUGCCGAUAUAGGCCGUUUUGGGUCUUGAAUCCAAAAGUUACAGCACGUGAGACUUGUUUGUGUGCAACACAUACCAACAUGGAGUUGAUAAUAAAAUCAUUAAAAAAUGCCCGUAUGAUCAAUGAAAACUCUGCAAUGGCAGUGUGUAAAUCCAUUUGUUGUGAAGACAUGAAAGAAAACUGUCUGGAACGAAAAUGUUUGAUAUGUAGACACAAAAAGAUAACAUUCAAUCAAUUUACACCAACAGAUACAAUAAAAUAUGAGAGAUGGGUCACAAAAAAAGUUAUGCAAACGAUUAAAGGUCACGAAAAACUUUGCCAGAAGACUAUCAAAGAAACAGUGAAUACGUCCAAAAGACAACUGAUGAACCACUUGUUGGACAAUAUAGAACGUUUCAUGAAGCAUACUUGCAAUAUGUUACAUCAGUUUCGUGUCAUCAAAAAUAUUAAAAUAAAUAUGUCAGCAUGCGAAGGCUUGUUGCAUAUUGACUUCUCGGAAAAUUACAAUUGCAAGUAUUCUUCAGAAAUACAAUCGGCCCAUUUUGGUGGAUCUAAAGACCAGAUUUCAUUACACACUGGAGUAUUCUAUUAUGCUGACGAAAAUACUGAGGAGAAACGCAUCGUUACAAAGUCUUUUUGUACGGUUAGCGAAUAUUUGAAUCAUAGCCCUACAUAUAUUUGUGCUCACUUAAAACCAAUUAUUGCAAUGAUAAAAACAUUAGUGCCUAAUUUAAAACGUCUCCACGUUUUAAGUGAUGGUCCCUCGACGCAAUACAAAAAUAAGACCAUGUUUCAUUUGAUUGCUGCUUACUUGGCUGAAGAAACACAGGCAAAUAAUAUAAUGUGGCACUUUAGCGAGAGUGGGCAUGGUAAAGGGGCCCCUGAUGGUGUAGGAGGGUGCCUCAAGCGAACGGCUGAUAAGCACGUAGCUAAAGGAAAUGAUAUAAGCAAUAUCGAUGAAUUUAUUAAAUGUGUACAUGAGAGCUGCAAAGGAAUUGAAGUUAUAAAGAUCGAUGAUACUACGGCCAAAGAAAUUGAGGUCAAAAUUAAAAACUGCACUAUCCGGCCUUUCCGUGGCACUAUGCAAGUGCAUCAAGUAACAUGGGACAAAAUUGAUCCCAAAAUGCUCCAGUUUCGAAGGCUGAGCUGUAUUACUUGCAAUCCUGGUGCGUCGUGUUCUCAUUAUGAUCUAGGUUGUAUAAGUCUUGACUUACCACCACAAAACUUACACAUUGAGAUACCUGCUCUUGCCAGUUCGCGCUCUACGCCAGUUCAGAGUUGUCCUAGCCCCUUUUCAAAUCUACAUAGCCCACUGAUGAGUCCAAACUGGACUCCUAUAGUUCAACAGUUGUGCCUUUCAAUCGACGGAAAAAAAAACUGUAGCUCAAUAGUUGAUGAGACUGAAAGCAAUGAUCCUGAAAAAUCAACUUCUUCAAAGAUCCUGCGUGGACUAAAAAGUCGAAAACGCAUUCGGUUUGCCGAUGUUUACUCUGACAGUUCGUGCUCACCACCUGUUUCAAGACCUGAAACACCAGCAGAAGUACACCAGAAGCGUUCUCAACGUUUUUGGUCAUCAUCAGAGGAGGAUGAUAUAUUCUUUUAGUCCACCAAAAAGACAUAAUCUUUUCGGUGGACAAGUUGUUUUAUUUUAUCUUUAUUUUGUUUUUGAUGACACCAGGUUGUUUUUUUUUUAUUUGUGUUUAUGAGGAGAUUCGAUUAUUUCCAUCGAAAAAGAAUUAAAUUAUUUUGUUUUUUUUCUUACUUAAUUAUACAUUGCGUACAUUUGGUGGACACUCGUGUCUUUUUGGUGGACCUAUAAAACUGUUUUUUUCAAAUAACUAUGUUAUUUCUUAAUUCUGAUCUCAGACAAUUAUUUAGUAUUGUUACAAUUGAUCUCAUUUAUUAAAUGAAUGUACAUUUCUUUAAAAAUAUUAGA